ACAUGGAUCAUAUAUUUAGAAAUUACUCAUACAUUGUUUAAAUAAUUAGUAAGUAAUUUAUAAUUGUUUUAUUAAGAUAAUACUACUUAUAAAUAAUACAUCAUGUACAAAAGUGGACCACCACCACCUUAUGAAUCACCUCCAUAUGCACCACCUGGUUAUUCACAAACAGUAGGUGGUGUACCACCUGCUAGUCCUUUUACAUCUGCAGAAACUUAUGCAAACGGACCAACUAUAGUAACAACAAUUGUUCCACUUGGACCAGGAUCAACACACACAAUUUGUCCACAUUGUCAUGCAGAAAUAGAUACUACAACUAAAACAGAACCUGGCAUGAUUGCCUAUAUAUCUGGAGUUGUAAUUGCGCUAAUGGGAUGUUGGUUGGGAUGCUGUUUGAUUCCAUGCUGUAUUGAUGAAUGUAUGGAUGUUCAUCAUAGUUGCCCUAACUGUAAAGCUUAUCUGGGACGUUAUAGGAGAUAAAGUAACACAAUAAUAGUAUCUAUUGCAUUUCACUUUGAAACCAUUUGAAAGUUGCAUUAUAUAUAUAUAUAUAU